CAGGUUGAAGGUUUAGAACAGAUGUGGAAAGAUGUUCACUUCAGAACAAGGAGUUGUGGAGGAAUGGCUGUCAGAGUUUAAGACACUACCAGAAGCAUCUUUACCAAAUUAUGCCACAAAUUUGAAAGAUAAGAGUACUUUGGUUUCAUCUCUAUAUAAAGUUAUCCAGGAGCCGCAAAGCGAGUUGCUAGAGCCUGUCUGUCACCAGCUUUUUGAAUUCUAUCGCAGUGGAGAGGAACGGUUGCUUCGGUUUACACUGCAGUUUCUCCCUGAGCUGAUUUGGUGCUACCUUGCAGUCUCAGCCAGCAGAAAUGUGCACUCCAGUGGAUGCAUUGAAGCUCUUCUUCUAGGGAUUUACAAUUUGGAAAUAGUUGACAAAGAGGGACAUAGCAAAGUAUUGAGUUUUACGAUUCCAUCUUUAUCCAAACCAUCUGUAUACCAUGAACCCUCCAGCAUUGGCUCCAUGGCUCUUACGGAGAGUGCACUAUCCCAGCAUGGCUUGUCAAGAGUUGUGUACAGUGGCCCUCAUCCUCAACGGGAGAUGCUCACAGCCCAGAAUAGGUUUGAAGUGUUGACAUUCCUUUUGUUGUGUUACAAUGCAGCUUUAACCUACAUGCCCAGUGUUUCUCUUCAAUCACUGUGUCAGAUUUGUUCAAGAAUCUGUGUUUGUGGAUAUCCUCGACAACAUGUAAGAAAAUACAAAGGUAUAAAUAGCAGGAUACCAGUUUCUUCAGAAUUCAUGGUGCAAAUGUUAACAGGGAUUUAUUUUGCCUUUUAUAAUGGAGAAUGGGAUCUAGCUCAAAAAGCAUUGGAUGAUAAUAUAUAUAGAGCCCAGCUGGAGUUAUAUCCAGAGCCACUGCUGGUUGCUAAUGCAAUAAAGGCUUCAUUGCCUCAUGGUGCCAUGAAAUCUAGUAAAGAGGGCACAAGGUGUAUUCAAGUUGAAAUUACACCGACUUCCUCUAGAAUAUCAAGAAAUGCAGUAACCAGCAUGUCUAUAAGAGGUCAUAGGUGGAAAAGACACGGAAAUGCAGAUUUAACAGGUCAAGAAGAACUGAUGGACAUAUCUGAAGUUGACGAGGGAUUUUAUUCCCGGGCUGCGUCUAGUACCAGCCAGUCGGGUUUAUCAAACAGUAGUCAAAAUUCUAGUAACAAAACAAGUGUAGGAAAGAACCAGAGGCGGUCAGGAGGAAGCAAGAGUGGAGGCAAAGAAAAAGAGACUGCAGGGGAAUCUUGCAAAGAUCACUUUGCUCGAAAACAAACUCAGAGAGCCCAAAGUGAGAAUCUGGAGCUUCUCUCUUUGAAGAGACUUACUUUAACAACCAGUCAAUCCCUGCCCAAGCCUAGCAGCCAUGGUUUGGCCAAGACCGCCACUACUGUGUUUAGUAAAUCCUUUGAACAAGUCAGUGGUACCAUAGCCCCACAUAACCCAUCACCUGCUGUUGGUUGUGGGGCUGGGACAGAUGCCAAUAGGUUUUCUGCCUGUAGUCUCCAAGAAGAAAAACUUAUUUACAUUUCUGAAAGAACUGAACUUCCGAUGAAGCAUCCGUCAAGCCAGCAGAGACCACCUAGUAUUAGCAUUACUCUGUCAACAGAUUAAUAUCACUAAUCCAGGAAUCUGGAAAUACCGCUUUGCUUCUGUAUGAAAGUGCCCUAGGUCUUUCACCCCUGUUCCUGAGAGGAACUCUGAUGUCUUAAAUUCUGAAGGCUACCUUGAAUUUAUGAUGGGAAUAAUGUCUAGUUUGCAGUAUGUUGGUACAGCGUUUUGUUAUUUCUUGGUUAUAUUUUUUCCCUUGAUCGGAGUCUUUUUUUCUAAUUAUUUUAUGUUGCCCUGAGAUUGCCAGUAUGCCAAUAAAUUUGGCAAAUUGUCCGAUC